AUCAAGUUGAAGGUAGAGUCCUCCACUUCUGUCAGGAGAGUAAAGAAGAGGAUUGAGGCUUUAGAAGGUACCCCACGUCGUCUACAACAACUUAGUCUAGAUGGGGUUUGCCUAGAGAACAGGAGAAGAAUGGGGUACUAUCACGCACUCAUCUCCAGCAAGUGCAGACUGGUCCUCAGGAGCCAGCCACAGUACCAGGUGUUCCUCAGAACUCUGUCAGGGAAGACCCUAGCACUAGGAGUGAGGGGUGGGGACACAGUGAGGCACUUGAAAUCAGUCAUCUACGAGAAAGAAGGGAUCCCACCAGACCAGGUGAAGGUGUUCUCAGGUGGGAGGGUGCUGGGAGAUGAGAAGAGGCUGAGGGAUUGUGGUCUUUAUAGUGGGAGUACUGUUGACCUCUCUCUGGGGCUCUUGGGAGGUAUGAGGAUAUUUGUGAAGACACUGAAGGGCACCAUCCUUCUGGAGGUGGAGGCCAGUGAUACCAUUGAGAAUGUGAAGGCUAAAAUUAAAGACCAGGAAGGAAUGCCACCAGACCGACAACGACUCAUA